AUGUUCAGCAACCCCAACCCGUUCCAAUCCACCAGCCAGCGGCGGCUAGCCCCCGGGGCGCUCGUGUUCGAUCACCGGAGGAUCUCGCCCAAGGCACGCGCGCCUGGGGUCUAUCAGAACGGCGUGGGGGACGUGGACUCGCCGUCGUGGACGGCGCCCGAGAGCUGGGCGGUGGAGAAGGAGGGCGAGGACCCGCUCGGGGGGCAGGCGUACUCGUCCUCGGACGAGAGCGUACGCGGCAAGUCGGCCCGCAAGCGGCGGAAGCGGGGGACGUCGUCCAAGGCGCUGUACCACGUCCGGAUCUACCGCGCGAACAAUUCGUACCACGUCGUCCAGUGCGGCCUGGACGUCACCGUGUCGCAGCUGACGCCGCAGCUGAACAAGAAGCUGCUGCUCGACCCGGGGGUGGAGCCGCACAGGCUGUACUUGAAGGAGAGAGGAAGAGAACGAGUGCUCGCGCCGACGGAGCGCCCUGCUGAUAUCGUCCGUAGACGAUUAGAGCAAGCAGGAUAUGAUAUCGCCGACGGGUUGGACAUGCUGGGUGCGGACGACAUACAAUUCCUGCUGAAGUUCGUCUACAAGAGUAAUGUGCUCGGGCCGCCGGAGGAAGAGAUGCAAUUCGACACGUUCGACCUCAUAGACCUCACGUCUCGCAGCCUGAAGGCAGUUCCGGUCUCAUUAUACGCCCAUGCGGAAGUGAUCGUCUCGCUCAACCUCUCGCGAAACCCUAUGCUCGAGAUUCCUCUUGAUUUUAUCCAGUCAUGCUCGAGUUUGAAGGAGCUCCGGCUAUCGCAUAUGGCGUUGAAGAAGGUCCCGCAGAGCGUCCGGCAUUGUCGGACGCUCGAGUGGCUCGACCUAUCAUGCAAUCGAAUAGCAGACUUGGAAGACGCGGGGCUCGAUCAAAUACCGGGGCUGUCGCAUCUGAAGCUCGAAAACAAUCGGAUGGAGAACCUUCCCUACUACUUCCCUCGCCUUCGGAAGCUGGGCUACCUCAACAUCUCGAACAACAAGUUCAAGCAUAUUCCUGCCGGCGUGUGCGAGCUUCGGUCGCUUGUGGACCUCGACGCGUCAUUCAACUCUAUCUCGGAGCUACCGGAAGAGCUGGGCCAACUAACAGAACUCGACCACCUCACCAUCGUCGGCAACCGUGUGGCGAAGAUCCCCGAGCAAUGCGCGAAUCUCAAGAACCUUCGCGUGCUCGACUGUCGGCGGAACCACAUCACGGAUAUCUCCGUCGUCUGCACGCUGCCGAAGAUCGAGCAGCUCCUCGCGGAUCACAACCAGCUGCACGCGCUGGACAUCUCGUUCGGGCCCGCGCUCAAGCAGCUCGACGCGUCGCACAAUGACAUCACCCAGCUCAACCCCGUGCCAGGCCCGCUUGGGCGGCCGUACGCGCUCACGGAGCUGAAUCUGUCGUACGCGAAGCUGUCCACGCUCGACGACCUUGCGCUUGCGCAGCUCACCGCGCUCGAGUCGCUGUAUAUCGACCACAAUUCCCUGCGCUCGCUUCCGGAGAGUCUCGGGGGGCUCAGCAAGCUGAAGCAUCUCUCGUGCUCGAACAACCACCUGUUCACGCUCCCGAGCAGCCUUGGGCGUCUGCAGUGGCUGGAGGUGUUGGAGGCACACAACAAUGACCUCUCCGAGCUGCCCAUGAGCCUGUGGAACUGCUCCUCGCUCCAGGUUAUCAACGUCACUUCCAAUGUCAUCAGCACUUGGAAUCUGCCUCCCGGGUCUAUAGACCUGGAGGUCCACGCGACGCAGACUUGGGGUAGCACAGUCAGCCUCCUCUCGGACAGGAAGGCAUCGAGCAGCUCGAUCACUGGGUCCACGCUCCCCGCUCUCGCGGCGUCGCUCGAGAAGCUCUACGUUGGGGAGAAUAGUCUGACUGCGGACUCGCUGCACCCGUUGGCGCUCUUGAAAGAGCUUCGGGUCCUGAACCUGUCGUUCAACAACAUUCAGCAGCUGCCGGGCAGCUUCUUCCGGAAUUUGACGCAGCUGAGGGAGCUCUACCUGAGCGGCAACACGAUCUCGGCGAUCCCGACGGAGAAUUUGCAGCAUAUGACGAAGCUCGAGGUCCUCUUUUUGAACGGGAACAAGCUGCAGACGCUGCCGCGCGAGAUCAGCAAAUUGGUGAACCUGACGGUCAUGGAUGUGGGGAGUAACGUGUUGAAGUACAACAUCAGUAACUGGGAGUACGACUGGAAUUGGAACUUCAACACGAACCUGCGGUACCUCAACUUGUCGGGUAACAAGCGUCUGGAGAUCAAGCCGGACAUGAACCACCGACAGUCCAGGAACCAGCAACAGCUCUCUGACUUUUCCAGUUUGACGCAGCUCCGCAUCCUCGGUCUCAUGGACGUCACCAUAGGCAUGCAGACGAAUAUCCCGGAGGAAGGUGACGAUCGUCGCGUGCGAACGUCCAUGGCCGACGUCAAUGGCAUGGCGUAUGGUAUCGCCGACACGCUAGGGAUGACGGAGCACCUUACCAUGAUCGACUUGGUCUCACCCCACUUCCGCGGUAAACACGACGAGGCGAUCUUCGCCAUGUUCGGACGCGCGUCGCACAUCGCGAGCAACAACCGACUGACGAAAUUUCUCCAUGACAACUUCCUGAACCUCUUCGUCGCGGAGCUCAAUAAGCUCAGGCGCAGCGAGGGAGUCCCAGACGCCAUGCGGCGGUCGUUCCUGAAGCUCAACAAACACUUGCACGACCACCUGUACUCAAACUCGGGGCGGAAGAUGUCGCACGUCAGCGCAUCGGCGACGGCCCAAAGUAUCCAUGACAAGAUCGGCGCCUCGGGCAUCGUUCUUUACCUCGUUGAUCGCACGCUCUACGUCGCGAACGCCGGUAACGCACUUGCGGUCAUCUCUCGCCAGGGCAUUGCACAGCUUGUCUCUCGCAAGCACGACCCGUUUGACCGGAAUGAGACUCAACGUAUCCGAGCCGCUGAAGGUUGGGUGUCUCCGAAGGGAUUCGUCAAUGACGAGAUCGACGUCUCGCGGUCCUUCGGAUUCUAUUACCUCCUCCCUGUUGUCAACGCUCGUCCAGACAUAUUCAUGUACGAUCUCACUGAGAUGGACGAGUUCGUCAUUGUCGGCAACCGUGGCCUCUGGGACUAUGUCUCCUUCCAGACGGCGGUCGACAUCGCACGCAAGGAGCGGGACCCAAUGAUCGCUGCUCAGAAGCUCCGCGACUUCGCCAUCUGUUACGGCGCAGAGGGCACGACGAUGAUUAUGGUCAUCAAGGUCUCCGACUUGUUCAACCGUCAUAUAGCUCGCGAUGUAUUCUCCAGUCAGGAGCCCGUCAUCCCCGAGGAAGUCAUACAGAGCUUGGCGAAGGCAAAACGCACGGCGAUCAUCAACAGAGAUAUCUCUCGCCUGGAAGACGAAGUCCCUCCGCCCACCGGCCACGUCGCGCUGGUGUUCACUGACAUUCGGAACUCGACGCAUCUCUGGGAAGUCAACCCCGGGAUGCAAUCUGCCAUGGUCCUCCACAACAACCUCCUACGUCGCUUGCUACGCUUCUGCGGUGGCUACGAAGUCAAGACGGAAGGUGAUGCGUUCAUGUGCUCCUUCCCGACGACGCUCUCCGCACUCUGGUGGUGUAUGAGCGUCCAGUCGCAGCUGCUCAGCUGUGCGUGGCCUUUGGAGCUUCUCGAGUGCGAGGAUGGGAAGGAGAUACGCGAUACGGCAGGCCGCGUCAUCGCCCGUGGGCUCUCGCUGCGCAUGGGUAUCCAUUGUGGCACGCCCGUUUGCGAGCCUGACCCUGUUACCGGGCGUAUGGACUACUUCGGUCCCAUGGUCAACCGUGCAGCACGAGUGAACGCCGUUGCAGCAGGUGGCCAGAUCAUGUGCAGUGCGGACGUCACCAAAGAGAUCAAUGCACUGAUCCUCAACUCGGGUCCGAAGACAGAACGGUCAUACGCCCAACCCCAAAACGCCAUCGAUGCGAUUCAAAGGAUGGGUGUCAAGAUCUUCCCUAUCGGCGAGCGCAAGCUCAAGGGCCUAGAAGUUCCCGAGUACCUUUCGGUUCUGUACCCCGCUGACCUUGCUGCCCGGCACGACCUAGAGGCCUUCGAGACCGCGCCUACUGCGUCAGGCUCACGCGUGCAAUUCAGCGUGGAACAGAUGCGGGAGCUUGGUCUCCUCUGUGUUCGCUUGGAAACCCUGGCUAACUCCCGUGUUUUCCGGCCUAUCCCCAUCCGCAAAGACAGUAUCGCGUCUGCGACAGGCCAGCUCCAGCAACCUACCAACCCACCUGAGUCCUCCAUCGUGGUAUACGACGACCCCAGCCUCUAUCUGCCCGUCAUGGACAAGUCCUCGACUGAUGCGCACCUCACGACCGUACUCCACUCCCUGUCACUGCGUAUUGACAACGCGUUGACCAAACUGGCGUUCAUGCAAAUGUCCAACAUCGAAACCCAGCUUGGGCCGCAAGCCGAGCUGCGGAACAGGGUCUUCGACCUGUGCCGACCUGUCCCGGUGUGA